AGUAGCCAUCAGUCCCGCGAGUGAGGAGAUACAAAACACUCCGUACUCGCGGAAGACUCCUUCGAGGAAUUGUCAACACCUGGAAUACAAGAAGAAUUUAUUUAUUUAUUUAUUUUUUAUCGUGUCAUGCCGUUCAUCUCCAAGGACUGGAGGAGCCCCGGUGAGGAGUGGGUUAAAACAGUCGAGGGAUGGGAGAAGAAGAAAAUACUCGAGUGUGCUAAUAACAAGACACUUUCAUUGCUGAUUCGAACCGAUAAAGAGGGAGACAAGCGGGAAAAAGAGAAGGAGAAGAAAAAAGAAAAUGCCGUCCAACCACACUGUCAUAUAACCCUGAAGUGUACCCGCGAGAUUGCCGGAUUUAAUGGACUCAGCGAUGCACUCAAGAGACUCGAUUUUCUGUCAGCUGUUCACGAUUGUCGACGUUUCAACUACAUUGUCAGACUGUUGGACCUGUUGGUCAGCCACACCAUGGGGGGUUUGAGUGGUUGUGCCCAGCGGGUUCUCUUUAAUAUGUUAGAGGAAGUUGCAUUAGAAGUUUCCUUAUCGCAACAGCAAACGGGAAAACUCCGUAGACUGAUUGAACGCGUACGUGCCUUCAGCGCUGGAUGCUGCUGGGGCGGGCGACCCCUCGGUUCAGUCAUCCUCUGGGAGAAACACAAAGCUGCACUCGACCGAAUCCUCCACAUUGCGUCUUCCAUCACGAUAACUCAGCCGGAUGAAGAACAGCAUCCUCAAUGGGCUGAUUUGCCUGCCGAGUGUCGGAGGGAAGUUCUUCUGCGUCUCAGUGAUCCACGGGACAUCGAGGCCUCCUCGGAGGCUUGCGAGCACCUCGCGGUUCUUGCCCAGGAACAGAGAAUAUGGCGAGAGCUUGCACAAUAUCAUUUCACAUCGCAACAGAUUGCAACAACAAUGCAGAACAAUCCUGGGAAGGAUUGGAAGACUAUCUUCACAUUAGCUCGAAGAUCUUUUGGACUUCGCGAGGAAUACGCAGAGAUGAUCCAAUUAUGUCGGAAUUGCCGUUGCCUCUUCUGGCGAUCGCUGGGUCAUCCCUGCAUCGCUGACCAGGAUCCCGCAUUUCAAGAGAAACUCGCUGACGUCGACCAAUCCUCCCUCCACGUACCCAUCCCACCGCAGACUUUCCUCAAAUUUUUCUCACUGUGAGAGAACGAUGAAAGCUGAAGACGAUAAAUAAUUCCUGCAUUUCUAGAGAUCAACUCUAGCGAGGAGAAAUUAAAUAUAGUGAGAUGAUAUAUCGUUUUUUCUUUAGAGAAUCUAAUGUUGAUCGUUGAUGAAGUUGUUCAAUCUGUUCAGAGUGAGAGCGAGGUGAAAUUCAUUUUUUUCCACUCAGCAAUCGUCGAGAGUGCAGCUUAUCUACUUCGACAGUAUAACUCGAAGUUUUUGAAUUAUUUUUUCUUUAAAUAACGUGACAACUCCGAAUUCGCUGGUGAAGUUGAAACACAAAAAAUUUCACAACUUCAGAGUGAAUGAAUGAAUUGAAAAAACUCAAUGAAUGAUAUUCUCGUAGUUUAAUACGAUUCAAUAAAUGACUCGUCCUCCGCUUGUGAUGAUUUUCCUGGUGCUUAGAGUCCUAUGGCAGCUCAGUCGCAUUUUUUUUUUUCAUUUUUUUAUUUUCCACACUUUCUUUUAUUAAUAGGGGGCCGCGGUGUAAUUUGAUUGAGUGAAUUUAUUGCGUUAUUUUUCCCGGACUGAACUAGAUUUAUACUUUAUACGUACAUGUACAUAAAUAUAUUUCUGUAUUAACGUAAGAAAGAAUCAAAUUUACUUAAUUGAUUGAUGAGAGAGAAUUUUUCAGAGUGUCAGAGAGAGACGGCCUCAAUCAGAGCUUGGCCCUCCCCUCCAGUUGAUACGUCCGAAUGAUGAAAUUAUUUAAUUGUCGAAGUUGUUCUGGAAUGUCUAAGGAUUAUGAUAGGAUUUGUGAUCAGGAGAAAGACGAAUUGUAGGGGAGAUGGUGACAGAGAGUGAAAAGUGAUAAUUGAUGCCUGUGCUUUCAGCUUUAUCAAAUUUAUUAUGGAUGUGGAUUAAUCCAAUUGUCCAAAAUGUGCAAUAAGAAUAAAUAAUGUUGGCCCACUCUCCCCUAGUUCAGCUUUCUAACGAAAUUCUCAACUAUUCGAGAUUUAUGAUUAAGAUUAUUGUAAUCAAGAUAUUGUAUUCACUCGGUAUUCUCUAUUUCUCGGUAAUUCACAUUCAGAAUAAGUUACGAUUGGUACAGUAAAUCCUUAUUCCUGAUAAUUGAUAUUAUUGAAAAUCAAUAUGAAAAAUUAACUGCCAAAGCGAAUGCUAUUGCAUUUACGUGAAUUGAAUAUUUGUUAUAACGACGUAAAAAUUGAGUUGAAAACAUUUUUCAACAAUAUUGUGAAUAAUUUCAUGUUUUUUAUACUAUUGAUUUUGAAAUGUCUGUCGAGAGCGACAAAAAAUGAUUGCAUGAAAUGUUCUACUAACCUAGUCAUUACGUAGGGUGAUCCAACCACUGAAAAUUGAUCUAAGGAAUAAUGGUAAGAUUAUUCGACCCGAAUUAUAUUAAUCAAAUGGGGGUAGCUUGAGGGGAAUACUGUUGGAUCCCCUGGAAACAUCACAAUCUCAACGAUAUUUUCAGGUGGAGAAGACCGAAUCUAAUUUUAACUAUUAGACCAAUGUUUAGUGCGAUGUGCUGUGGAGAUGCUUUUAAAUAAAAAUCUAUUUCAAUAUAA